CACCCCACGCCGGGGGGCCAGGCGCGGCAGGAUGGUGCCCCUCAGGGUGCUGGGGCUGCUCCUGUGCACGCAGCUCUGCGGGGGCACCGAGGAGCUGCGGCUGGUGGGCGGCGGCGGGCGCUGUGCCGGGCGGGUGGAGGUGAAGCACGAUGGCGAGUGGGGCUCCGUCUGCAACUACGACUUCGACUGGGAAGCCGUUUGGGCCAGGGUGGUGUGCCGGCAGCUGCGCUGCGGCCCCGUGGCACACGCCUCCGCCUACGCCCCAUUCGGCCGCGGCACCGGCCGCAUCUGGCUGCAGCCCUUCUUCUGCCGUGGCCACGAGGAGAUGCUGCAGCACUGUCCCCAUUUCGGCUGGGGAAAGCACUUCUGCGGCCACGAGCUGGACGUGGGGGUGACCUGUGCAGAGGCGGUGGAGCUGAGGCUGGUGGCUGGCAAAGGUCCCUGCGCCGGGAGGGUGGAGGCGAAGCUGCAGGGACGCUGGGGCUCGGUGGCCGAUGACAGGUGGGACAUGGAGGAUGCCGAGGUGGUGUGCCAGCAGCUGGGCUGUGGCUCGGCCACCGGCGCCCACGUCGGCAGCACCGAGUUCGGCACAGGGGAGGGCCCGGUCAGCUUGGCUCUGAUUGACUGCCGUGGGGACGAGGCUGCGCUCUGGGACUGUGAGAUCCGCGGCUGGGGACCCUACAGUGCCAUCCACGACUUCGACACCGCCGUCUCCUGCCAAGGGUUUUCGCGGCUGGUGGGCAGCGGGGACGGCUGCUCCGGGCGGCUGGAGGUGCGGCGGGGCCGAGCCUGGGCCGGGGUCUGCCAGGGCCAUGUGGACAUGAAGGCAGCGCAGGUGGUGUGCCGGGAGCUGGGCUGCGGCACGGCGCUCGCCGUCCUGGACGCCGGCGCGUCGGAGGCUGGAGCGGGGCUGCCGUGGGACGGGGGCUUCGAGUGCUCCGGCACCGAGCCGCUGCUGUCUGCCUGCGCCCGGCGGCCGCCCCGCGGCGGGGGCUGCGCUGGCCGGGCCGGCAUCGUCUGCUCGCCCUACGCGGCUUUCCGCCUGGCGGGCGGCGGCUCGGGCUGCGCCGGGCGGGUGGAGGUGGAGGUUGGAGGGACGUGGGAGUCCGUCUGCGCCUCUGGCUGGGACCUGCCCGACGCCCACGUCCUCUGCUACCACCUCGGCUGUGGCCCCGCCGUCUCCGUGGCCCCGGGAGGCUCCUUCGGGCGGCUGCGGCGCGAUGUGUUCAGCUGCAGCGGGAGCGAGCGGCACCCGGGCGAGUGCCCCGUGACGGUGCUGGGGGAGCCCAGCUGCCCCCCCGGCCACGCCGCCACCCUCAACUGCUCAGGUGCUGCCGAGCCCCUGCGGCUGGUGGAGGGGAAAAGCCGCUGCGACGGCGUCCUGGAGGUGGCUGCGAGCCCCGGGGCCUGGGUCCGUGUGCCGGCGGGGCAGUGGGAUGCCCGGGGUGCCAGCGGGGUGUGCCAGCAGCUGGGCUGCGGCGAGCUGCAGAAGGUCUACACCAUUCCGGGCUCGGGCACCGCGAGGCCGCCGGGGCUGCGCUGUGUGGGCACUGAGGAGAGCCUGGCACAGUGCAACGCCUCGGGCACGGCCGCCGCGCCGACCGGCGGCCCAGAGGAGCUGGUGGUGAUCUGCUCGGGCAGCCGGCGGGUGAGGCUGGCGGGGGGCUCCGGGCGCUGCGCCGGGCGCGUGGAGGUGGCCGUGAACAGCACGUGGGGCACCGUGUGCCAGGACACGUGGGACAUGCGCGACGCCGCCGUCCUGUGCCGCCAGCUGGGCUGUGGCGCGGCGCUGGCGGUGCCCGGCCCGGCUCAGUUCGGUGCUGGCACUGGGCUGGUGAGGCCGGACGUCGGUGGCUGCGCCGGGACCGAGGCGUCGCUCUGGGAUUGCCCGUCUGUGGCACAGCGCGGCUGCCAGCGCGGCGGCGGCGCGGCUGCCGUGUGCUCAGGGCACCUCUCCCUGCGGCUCUCGGGUGGCAGCAGCCGCUGCAGUGGGCACCUGGAGGUGCUUUACAACGGCACCUGGGGCCGUGUGUGUGCCAGCGGCACCAGCGCCACCACGGCUGCCAUCGCCUGCCGCCAGCUGGGUUGUGGGCACAGGGGGCGUCUGGCAACCUCUACCUCCCAGGACCGGGCCCCUGCCUGGCUGGCAUGGGUGAGCUGUGAGGAAGGGGCUCACUCCUUCUGGCGCUGCCCCUCGGCACCCUGGCACCUGCAGAGCUGUGACACCCGUGGAGAUGCCCACGUCGCUUGUGAUGAGGAUGAGGGCACGAGCGGGACGCCCACCCCGUCCCCUGGCAGCCUCUGCCCCGAUGGUGCCACUUGCACAGGUGCCCCCACCAGCCCCACCUUGGCGGCAGCGACGGGGAUCGUGACAGUGCCCACGGCCCUGUGCGUGGUCCUGGGGACGCUGCUGUGCCUGGCCACGGCUGCCCUGGCCGUGCAGACGUGCCGUGCCCGGGCUCGGCAGCGAGGCCCUGGCAAAGCUGUGGACAUCACCUCUGAUGCCGUCUAUGAGGAGCUGGACUACACCCUGAUGCCAGAGUACCAGGAGGUGCUUGGUCGCUCAGGCUCCCCGGCAGAGGGCUCAGCCACAGAUCUGCCGUAUUACACCGGGGACAGCGUGGAGGAGAGUGACCCCAAAGCAGCCUCAGACCCCCCUGCUCUGCCCAAGCACAGCUCCCUGGACGGCUACGACGAUGCCAUGGCUGUGCCAGCUGAGUCCCCUGCUCCAGGCACCGGGAACAUCUCUGAGGGGGUGUCACUGAGGAGCUGGGGCUGUGACUCCCCAACAGGUGGGAGCUGCCCCCCAGAACCCUCCAGGGACCCCCCACCACAGCGCCCAGAGGACACAGACUACGAUGACGCUGGUGUGGGCCCCGUGGGGACAUCGCUGUGAGGAUGCUCCAGCCCCCUCCCAGGAGGCUCUGGGGACACACAUGCAGGGGGGCAGGGCUCUGUCCCCACGAAGGGGUGGCCCUGACCAUGGAGGUCACCUCUCCCUGCCCAGGACCACAGCACAGGAGCAAAAACCUCCCAGGAGCCUCCUGCAGCCAGGACAGGCAGAACCACGGGGUUCGGGGUUUUGUUUUUUCACUGUGAAUUUCUCUUUUCUAUUA